AGCCUCUCGUGUUAGUGAACCCCAAAAGGAGGCACGCACUCAUCUGAGUUUCUUUUUAUCUCGUGCUGAGUUUCGCCAGCUCAUCUUUAUCUCUUCAUCGAAAUGUAGUUGAGGCUUUACCAACAUGCGUUGAAGAGAGCGUUUUUAGUGCAAAAACCUGUUGUCGUUCGGGAGUGACAUCACCAAAGAACGUUAUUUUCGUCGAGCGAUGCGCACACAAACGCAAAAAAAAUCGGAGAGUGAUGUUGUUCUUGCAUCAAAAUUACAUUUCAAAAGAUGAGCCGUAGGUAAAAAAUUAAAUAGCCAACGUUUGAGAUAGAUUUUGUACAAAAUAACUACAACGACGUGCUAAAAGUAUGUGGUUUUGAGAUUCUUGAAAACCAAGAGCACGCUCGUUCUUUUCCAAACAAAGAGAUUAAAUCAUGGAUCGUAUAUCCCCCGUGGUGAAAAAGCACGGGUAUGUCCCGCUGAAAAAAGUGGGCUCUGGAUCGUUCGGACAAGCAUGGCUCGUAGGGCAGGAUGAAGACGGGAAGCGGCAAAACUACGUCUGCAAAAUGGUAUUACUUUUGACUAGCAACAUCAAGAGAAAAAAAAAAUAUCGCAUGAUGAAAGCCAAAACUUCAAUUAUCAGUUGAGGUGUCUGCAAUGUCGUUUUCUGGAUUGAUGAUGCAUGAUCUUCCGUGCGACAUCUAUCCUAGCUUCGGCAAAUGCGCACGAAAAUGUGAAAGGCGAAUCUGAAAUUCUUGUCAAUGUUUUUAGGCUUCUUGUUGGUGCACGAAAUUUGUGAUGUAGAUCGGCGUUUGAAAACAAGAUCAAGAUCUACGAUGUAUUGUGUCUACAAAGCGGCCCUGUUCAUCGAACCUAUCCCACUUUCCCUAUCCCUGUCAGAUCGACAUCAGUCGUUGUAGUGCCAAGGAGAAGAAGGACGCUUUGCACGAAGCUUCCGUUUUGAAAACGCUACAACAUCCGUACGUGGUACGGUAUAAGGAGUCUUUCCUCGAGGACGGAUGGCUCUGCAUUGUGCAGGAAUACUGCGAGGGUAACAAGUAUUUUUGACAAUUUUGCUUUGAAUUUGAUGUCGCGUGGAACUAGAAGUAGAAACUGCACCAGCUCCUGCUUCUGCAUAAGGGGCCUCUGUUCAGCUGCAGUUUCAGAUUGUGCAGGGUAAAGUCUUUGAAACAAAAAAACAGGCGGCGACAUGUACCAGCGAAUACAAAAAGCGAAGAAAAUGCACCAGCCCUUUUCUGAGGACCAGAUUGUUAUCCCGGAAAGAAGACCCAUCCCCAUUCAAUUCGUCAUGCAAAACAUCCAUAAAACCCACUAUUUUUCAUGCAAAAAAAGGAUGUGGAUGGGUGUUUUUUCCUGGAUAAAUGUCCGGUGGUUUACGCAGUGCAUGCUGGGGCUGAAGUUCAUCCAUGACAAGAAGAUUUUGCACCGAGAUUUGAAGUCGAGUAACUUCUUUCUAUCCAAAACCGGCGACAUAAAGAUGGGCGACUUUGGAAUCGCAAAAGUGCUCGAAUCAACGGCCGCAGUGGCGAAAACACAGAUCGGUAAAUUGAGUCAUGAUGUCGUGUAGGAUGAAUAGUGAUGAUGAAGUUAGUUGAUGUCACAGGAGGUGGUACAAGUGCCACAUGUUGGAUUGAACAAGGUGCAUGUGGUGGUGCAUGGAGGUCGUAGUUUUCGUCCGUUUCAUGAUGCUGUCAACAACAUGCAUGACGAUUUAUUGCAAAUGAUGACGAAGCUGAAGCAGAACGCAAAUAAUUUUCCGAAACCAUAUCAGGUACACCGUACUAUCUGUCGCCGGAAAUUUGCCAAGAAAAGGCGUACGCCUGGCCGAGUGAUAUUUGGGCGAUGGGUUGCAUUCUGUACGAAAUGUGCUGUCUCCGAGUACCGUUCGACGCUGCGGAUUUACGAGCGCUGGUGCACAGGAUAACAAGAGGACCGAGCCCCAGUUUGCCGGGACAGUAAAUUCUAUUUGACAUUGCGAAUGUCGUUAUCGGAGUAGAUGACUUAUUGUGAUACAUUCAGAGCCACAGGAAUUUUCAUGCGCAGAAGAGCGUGCUUCUUGCGCUUCAAAAAUCAACAUAAACGUACCGCAAAACGUCAACGAAAAUUAAGUUUUAUACCAUUACCAUGACCCACAGCUUCUCCCCCCAGUUGCGGCAACUCGUGACUGAUAUUCUCGUGAAGGACCACACCAAACGGCCCACGGCGGAGAAGAUCCUUACCCGGUCCAUCCUGGCCGACCGCGUGCGGAAACUGGAGGCAGAGGACACGGGCGCCGGUGGGCAGGAAAAGCAGGAGGGAAGCAAGAAGGACGACAUCUCGCUCAUCCAGUCCAAAUUGGAGCAGGGCGGGAGCUAUGCAACAUUGCAAAAGUAUCCAACUAGUGUAGAUUGCAUUACAAAUUAUCUCAGCAUGAUGGCGAAUGAAGUUUGUAAUGCUGUUUUAGCUUUGGAAGGGGAUUUGUGAUGCAUAACUGCAAUUUUUACUAGGAGUGCGAUGGUUUUGCAAUGCAUAUGAGCAGUUCGUCAAACGCGAAAGGAGCCGGGAACAAUAAUAAUGCCGUGAAAGGCCCGUAUGCGGAUGAAGCGGGUAAGUACACGAAGAACCAGGUCGUGGAGUACUACUCGGAAACGCACAAGGAGUGGCUGCCCGCGCAAGUAACCGCGGUAGAUUCGGACGGGAGAAUACAGGUGCACUGCAAACCAAACGCGUGGCUCUCCUUGAACGUGCAAGCGCAGAAGGUACUUAAUCUUCGUGUAAAUCGGUUUUUACUGGAUUUUCUUCAUGCGCAUGCAGCGGCUUUUUUUUUUUCGUUUAGAUUAUAUGCAGCAACACUACAAGCUGUUUGCCUUUGCGCGGUUGAAGGCAUCAACAACCGCGUGUCAUGAUCCUGUUCGGAUCGGUUUUUUCGUAAUGUAAUGCUGGAAUGAAGAAAAUGAAAAUCUAAAAUCAGGUCCGACCGAAGAAGGAUGAGAAUAAGGAAAACAAGCCCCGGCCGCCCGUGGUGCCGGUGUUGGAGCAUCAAAAGGGGUCCAGGUCCUCCUCCUACAACACACCGCGAUACCCGGGAGCCGCAACACCACCGGUAUACCACCGCCAGGCGACGCCACCCUACGCCUACCCACCGGCGGGUGGCAGAAUUGGUAUUCGGUGUUUUCGUUCUACUGUUGGUUUUGGAGUUUAUUUUGUCAGAAAUUUCAAAGUUUAUUUCGAUUCUGCUUUACUUCGCUUUAGAGAGAAUUGAAUACCUGUUCUUUUGGUUUGAUCAGUCACAAGCAUUGCGUCGGUCAUUGAUUUGAUCACUUAUCGAUGAAAAGGUUCUCCAUCCCCGUUUGGCGGCCGCGGUACUCCGAGAUUAGCCUAUGGCGUCAACCGGUACACGCCCCGCGGCGGGGUUGGCACUCCACGGGCCGCAUCCCCAAUGAAUCGCCCGCCAUGGCAGGCGGGCUCGCCCCGAGGCGGAGGAGGGUACUCGAAUCGGAUCUAUUAGAUACGGAUGCGGUUGCUCUGUACUAGAAAAAAUGGGUCCGUUUCGUUGAUUUUGUUGUAAGAUUUCACACCGUUCUGUUAUGCUAAGAGUCUGACACUCAAUUUUCGCUUGUCCGUCAAUUAUGCUUCCAUGAUUGAGUCGAAAUAAAAGUCGUUUGCUUCACAAUGACCGAACCAAGUAAUAAAGCUGAACAUUUUUUGAAUUUGUCAAUAUAACUGAAACGAAUGUAGAGCUCGGGCUCCAGAUGAUUAAUAUCCAGGUGUAAGGUCGCAACACCUGCUGCUGCUACUUUUUUACAAUGUCCCACUAGAUGUUACGCAACCAAAAGAGCAAAUAACGCACCGAAAAGAUAUUGUCCAAGAAGGGAAAAAUGUCAACCGUUUGCAAAAUAAUGUCACUCUGUCACAAAUGAAAUAGAACUAGGUGAAUCUCCUACAAUUUGAGCUUCCUAAUGAAAAUAGUGCUGACCGUCACCGUUUACAAUUCGCGACUGGUUCUGAUAUAGCAAUUACAUACAACUUCACGCUCACUUGCUAUCAUCUUCCAAUUUUGUUGCAAAAUGACACCUGAAUGAAAAUAUUUCAGCGAAGAUGUGUUGCCACUGCAUCGGCGGAGAAAAAGCCGACCGCUCCAGUGUCGCUUUUUUUCCCAAAAAUCGCAAAAAUGAUAGCACACGCAAGGUUGUACCUACAAGAAGUACUAGUAGUUGACAGAACUCUCACACUCACUCUUCUGUACCAAUGAUAUCCUGUAUUUUUACACUCGCGGCUAAGCCAACAAUUAGCUUCCGAACUUGCUUUUUUCUAAAUUCUUCCAAACAAAUAACGAGUUGAUGUUUCAGGUUUCACGGGCAGCAGCGCGUGGUGGCUGAUCAGGUAGUUAGUUCGAGCAGAGUCCUCAUCUUCUCAUUGCAAGAACAGACUACAACUUGGACGGCUGCGAUUCUUAGCCACCGCGGCCUCGUCGAGUUUGGAUGA